GCACAUAGGAGGGCUCUUCCUGAGUCGAGCUGUAGGCUGUGUGGAGGUUUUUCUCUGCCUUCUGUACUCUAACAAACUAUGGACUAGCCUUUAUUUCUCUUUUUACAGUUUGGAGCCGCAUUAUAAGAUGAGCGACCAGGACAGCAGCACCUCUGCCUCCCAGACGGAGGGAGAGUUUGAUGAAGACCUGGAGGGCAAAGAGGAGAAACCGAGGAGCAGCCCGGUCCCCAGUCUGUCCAGCUUCUCCUCCUCUCUGCGGGCAGUCAUACGCAUAAAACUCAAGUAUCAGGCCAUGAAGAAGCGACGGCAAGAGAUGGCCCUGGCCCUGGGAGGAGCCGGGGCCCUCACUGGAGCCCCAUCACGCACCAGCCCCAAAAUCUUCACCUUCGAUGGACUCACCCCCAACUCACUCCCCACCUCUGUCCCUUCGAGGAAGAAGAGAAGGAGGAAGAAGCGGGUGUUGUUUCCCAGCAGAGGGCGUCCCAGGGCCCCACCGAGGCAGGAGCACAGCCGAGCCCAGUACUGCCUUUACUUGCUCUUUGGAAUCGUCUUUGUCCAGGUGUACAACGCCAUAGAGAACCUGGACGACCAUGUUCUCCGAUACGACCUGGAGGGGCUGGAGAAAACGCUAAGGCGGGAGGUGUUUGGGCAGCAGGGGGCGGUGGAGGAUCUUCUGUGUCACCUGAAGGACUACCUGUCCACUUACGUCCACAACAAGCCCCUGGUGGUGUCCUUGCAUGGCCCCAGCGGCGUAGGCAAGAGCCACCUGGGGCGCCUGCUGGCUGGACACUUCCGCUCGGUGGUAGGCGAGCCACUGGUGCUGCAGUACUACGUCCUCCAUCACUGCCCACAGGAGGCCGACGCCCUGCAGUGUGGCCGUGACCUCUCCACCCUCAUCUCUGCAAUGGUGGAGCGAGCCGAGGAGGAGGAGAAGAUCCCGCUCUUGAUCUUCGACGAGGCUGAGCACAUGCACAACGAGAUCCUGGACGCGCUGUGGCAGCUCGUCACCUCGAAGCGGUCCAACGAGCACCUGAAUGCCAUCUACCUGUUCCUGAGCAAUCUGGGACACGCACACAUCACCAAACACAUGCUGCACAACUCCUCAAGUAUCUCUAUGGCAAUGACAGCAUCCGGUCGCCAUAGCAACCUAAUAAAAGAGCUGACUCCGAUUUUACGCAGCACUCUGAAGAAGCUUCACCCGCUAUGGGCAGAGGUAGACAUCUUACCCCUGGGCCUUCUGGAGAAAGGUCACGUGAUGGAGUGCUUCCUGGACGAGAUGACCCGGGAGGGGUUCUACCCGGAUCAUACCAACAUCGAGCGCCUCGCGGGUGAGAUAGAGUAUUACCCUGCAGUAGGGGGGCAUGAAUAUUCCCAAACAGGCUGCAAGCAGGUGGUGGCGAAGGUGAACCUGCUCUGAAUUGUUUCGGAUGCUUUUUUUUUUACCAUGAAGAAGACAUGCAUGAGAAGGGAUGAAGGUGACGAAACUUGAAUGACACAACUCGGAGCCGAAGCUUUUAUAAGAGGGGAAUAAAAGAAGUAGUUUAUUCACAGAAAAAUGACAGUGAGGACGUUGUAAGAAACCUGUGAAGAAGUUGGAAAAUGCCACUAACACUCAUCGAAGGGUCAGUUCACCCAGAAAUGAAACCUUCUAACGAACCUUUAGUCGUAUCUCUCCAUGCAGAAGCUUUGUCCAUGUAUGUUCACCUGAAGUCAUACCCCAAUACCACUGAAAGGAAUUUAAUUUAUAAUGUUCACUAAAAGAAAUCACUGUUUUUCUUAACUGGGCUAUUGUUUCUUUAAUGGUAAAGGUUAAACAGUCCACACUUCCAUAGCAUCUUUUCAGCUUGAGCGAGGUGCUUUACAACAUGUCUCUCAUUCACCCACUCACCGAAAGUGGCAGAGCUGCUGUGCAGGGUGCUGCCUACCACUGGUGGUAACUUCAGUUCAGUGUCUUGCCCAAAGGCACAUGAAGGGGCAAUGGAUCGACUACCAGUUCUUCUGCCUGAGCCAUAGUUGUAGAUUUUGGAGGGGAAAGGAACACUGGGGAUAGAUUACCUUUGUCUCUCUUCUUUCUCAAAGAAGAGAGACAAAACAGUACAGAUGAGUAAAUCAUGCUUCUAUCUGUGUUCAGUCAGCUGGGAUCAAAUUAAAGUUGAACUGCAGGAAAAAAAACAUGAUUUUUUGUGUGUUUUCCUUUACACAAAGUCAAUUUCAAUAUAAAUUGAUGCAGUCCCGUUUAAUACGUGUCCCUAACAAAAUCUGUGGGGUGUCACAAUAUAUGUACACGAUAGCUGUGAUCUUAAAAAAUGUAUCUAGAAACAACAUACAGCAGAGUUACGGUUACAAACUCUCUCUCUUUACCUCCUUACAUUAAUUAAUUUGCCAACAAAGAGACAAAACAUGUUAUCUGAAGAUAUCUACUCAGUAGUCACCAUAAUGUCGUAAUCGUGAAUUCUUUUGGUCGUAACAUUCAUGUAGCAAAAAUGUGACAUCAGGAGGUUCAGACUGCAAUACAGCAGCAACACUUGUAGUGAGUCUCCUCAAAGUUUGUACAGACAGUCCUGAUCCUCAGAGGAUGAAUCUUGACUUUAGUGACCACCCGAUUUCUUCAUGUAGCAGCACCAGCAAUCCAACUGAGCUAUUGUCUAGUGAAACAAAUCUACUAAAAAGUUGUACUCAGGAAUUCCUGGUUACCACAGGAUGACUGCUACACUGUUUCAGAGUACAAAUAAAAGUAACUAUUAGACUAAUUGCAAUAAGAUUUGGUGCAAACAUCCUCCGAGAAUAACUCUUUUUCUUCUAGUGUCGGCAUGAGGUUAACCUUUGUGAAUCUGAGUGAAAUACGUCAACAAUGGUUGGACUGAUUGCCAUCAAACUGAGUAGACUAUGAGAAAAUAAUGGUAGUGCUUUGAUGUCUUUUUAUCUGGCGCCAUCGUCAAACACAAUCUGUUUUAUUUUCACUUUUGCUCAGAACAGGCCUUUGAGUGGUGACUGCACAUGACAGUGAGCAUAACUGGUCUGUGUACAGUAAAUCCUGCCUUUUUAUACAAACAUCUACACACUGUCCUGCUACUUCUGACCAUUUGAUAAACAAUUAUGAAAUAUUUAUUUAGCUUUAUUCAAUGAACCAGUGAGCUGUUCAGUUGUUCAUUUAUUCAACUGUUAUGCCCGAAUAGAUGACACUCAUUUAACAGUUUAACAGUUUAACAGAGUUUAGUGCUAAAUAUCAAAUGCUAGCAUGCUGACAACUUCAGUGUUAAACAUAGAAAACUUUAUUCCUGUUCAACAUCAUCAUGUUUUAAAGGUCAUUUUGAUCAUGCUAACAUCCUGACCUCAGCAUGUAUUAACUCCCCACUGUACCUGCCUACAGUUCUGCCAUGCUGCUAGCAUAGCUUAGCCUUUGUUUUACAGUCGUUUGCUCUUUUUUUUUUUUGCUGCCACCGUAAUAGAGUAGAGGUAAAGAAAAUUUCCUGGACAAAUAAAAAAUCUGCAUGAUUAAAAACCACUUGAGAUAAAUGGCAAUAUGUUUUUUUUUUUCUGUGAUUUGGGUGAACUGAUCCUUUAACACCUCUCAAACAAAACAUAUUUUACAACAACUUUAUGAGGCAGCUCAACCAGACAUGAAUACUGAUGAGGAAGAAAGACUGAAGGAUUUUUACUGUUCAUUUUGUGGUGUCAGAGAGGAAAAGAAGAACCUCCUGGACAAGAUAAGACACAGCAGACGAGUAAAACCAACAUUUGUUCUAUUAUAAGGAUAAGCUCACAUAUUUAUAAAGCAUCGGUUACUAACACCCCGUUGAGGAUGUUCACCAGACAUCCUUCUGAGUUAUGACAGCAUGACCUUUAUUAUCGCUGGUGCAAGUCAGAAGAAGUUAGUCACAGCAGUUAGCCUAUUGUCUUUUUUCUCCUCCCUGACGAGUUUAUUUAUUACAAAUAUUUUUGAUGAAGAGGUGAUUCAAAUCCUUUACUUAAGUAAAAACAGCAAAAACACUGAAAAUACUCCAUUACAGGUAAAAGUCUAGCAAAAUCUGUGUUAAGUAUCCAAAGUGAGAGUACUUAUUCUGUAAUCAACUUUUUCCUGUCUGUGUGAAGUUUUUGGAUUAUCUUUUACUGUCACAUGUUGCAUUCUACUGCCGUAGAUGUUUAAGGUUGAGCCCAUUUGACCUGCUUCAUGUACUGUUGACAGUUGAAUCUGUUUGUACACAUGCACACAUGCAAACAAGUUUUUACAAGCAUAGAACUCAGUCCUGCUCUUAGCUUUGAGCAUUUUCCAGCUAUUCCAAGCUGGUUAUAAAGAUAUAUUUUUUUAAUAUGUUAGGAAGUAGGGGACUGUUCUUAACACUUUAAAUCAUGAAGUGUAUCAGAAAAAAAAUGACAUUCAAAAUCACCGCAUUUGGAGAAACAUGGUUUUCACUGGACAGGAACAUUUAACAAUCACUUACAGACAAAUGAAGUGGAGUAAAAAGUACAAUAUUUGCCUCAGAGAUGUUGGAGAGUGGACGUAUAAAGUUAUACAAAAUAAGAAAAAAAUCAAAUACCUCACAUAUAUACAUAAGUACAGUACUUAUGUUACAUUCUACCACUGUUGUAUAAAGAUUCUGUCUUUUCACAUCCACAGAAACAAACAGAGUCAGCACAGACUCAGCCAAUAGCCAUGAGGUUUAAUUUCUUAUCGAUCUUAAGAGAUUUGAUGAGUCACUUACUCAGAUUGUACGUAAAAGACAGGCGUAAUCUCUGUGUCUGAAAAGUGAAGUCAAUACUGAAGUGUCUCAAAUCUGCAUUCUGUCAAACAGCCAACAGGAGGCGCUCUGCUGGUUGCAAAAAAAUAUCUAAAGGAAAAUGACCCUACUUCUCAUUUGAUCUGUUACCUCAAAAAACAUUUCACUUAUGAGGUUAUGGUCUCAGUCGCUAUUUUCAAGUCUCCUUCAAUUCAGCAUUGUGCUCAUUUUGUAAAUUAUGGUCCCAUUCCGAGAAAAAUAGACAAUACAGCAUGGUUCUUUUUACAACAGUAUGGGAAUGCAAAAUGUCCUCCAGUUCUGCGUCAGCUCCACCUCUCACUUGUCACGUCGAGUUUCAAAAGAUGAAGAUGGUGACGGCAAAUUCCAGACUUGAGGCUUCAAAUAGUAGUCCACUGACCAACGGGUGGCGUCACAGUGGCCACGUCCAUCUUUUAUAUGCGAGUAUGUUUAUGUCUGGUGUUCAGAUAUCUUUCUGGCAAAACACUUCUCAUUUAAACUUUACGUGUAUUAACUUUCCAGAGAUUAAAGAUGCCAUUUAAACAU